AUGGUUAGUUUUCCACCUCCAUUCAUCCGUUUGCAUCAAGACCGGGGCUUCAUGAACCACGGAUAUGUCCUCAUUUUUGAUAACUUUUUAGAAUUUCAUGAAUGUUAUAUGUUUGAACCAGAGGCUGUCUACAACAACAAUGAAACAAGAAUUAAUUACUACGGUACAUCGUCCGAGCAGAAUUGUUGUCAGAAAGGUGUGAAGCAAGUUGGUGCUAUUGUUUCGCAAGAACGUGAAAAUAUUUUUUAUAGCAAUAAAAUUGCUUUGCAACGGUUAUUAAAUACCGGUUCUACGUGCCUUGGCGUUUCGUGCAAUGUGUCCCGUGAACGAGCACUUUUGAGCACAACCAACCCAAGUGACAUAGCCAGCGUGUUGAACGCAAAGAAGUUUUAUAAAUCCUGUCUUAAUCAAAAUCAAAUCGCGAGCGAGGGUAUCAAACCAUUCAAAGACAUCAUCGACAGUUUCGGCGGAUGUCCGGCUCUGAACGCUGGCAAGUUUGACGAAAGUAGGUGGAUGUUGGAAGAUGUAGUUUCAAGAAUCCAGAAAACUCUUGGGUAUGGCACGAUUCUCAUGGGUAGUCUGACAGCCGAUAGAGAAAAUUCUGAUAUCAUGCUCUUUCACUUGGGUCAGGCUAAUUUCCUACUGACGAAAGCGCAAUAUUCUGACUCGAACACGAAAUUCAACUUCAUGGUCGGUGUAAUGCAGGCCAUCAGUGACAACCCACAAACUGUGAAGCAAGAUAUGUCGGCAGUCCUCAAUCUCGAGAAGAAACUCGUUCAAUUUUCUAAGAAUAGGGACGAAACGUUAAAAAGGGAAGCCUAUAACAAAAUUCUUUACAAAAAUCUUGACAGCACCCUAUCGACAAAGUUUAACUGGAAGUUGUACCUGAACAACAUAAUUCCCAACUAUUUUGUUGACGAUACGCCAAUUGUGACCACUGAAAAAGAAUAUCUGAUUGAAAUGGCUAACAUUGUUCAGACCACACCGAAGAGGACUUUAGCAAAUUUCGUAAUGUGGUCAGUUGUUCAGAAUAUGUUCAAUAACUUCUUCCUACCUGCUCAGCUGAAAGCCCACUUAAACACCUUCACAACUGUCAUGACUGGAGCUAUGAAAGAGGUGCCGAUUGACACUGAGUGCGAGCAGAUGACAGCCAAAUAUUUCGCAGAACCUCCCAGUAGAAUUUACGUUGAAAAAUAUUUCCAGCAAGACAUUAUGAAUUUAGUGAUUGACAUGGUCGAUAGGAUGGUAUAUGAAUUCAAAAACCUGAUCAGAAGCAACAAAUGGAUGGAUGACUCAACUAAGGAAGAAGCACUUGUAAAAUUGAAUUUAAUGAGCCGUAAAGUUGGCUAUCCCGACUAUCUCUUCAACAAUACUUUCCUGGAGUCUACUUAUGGAAAAAUACAGAUUGACCAAAAAACCAAAAACAUUCUCAGCUUACUAAAAUAUGGUGUCGAGUUUGCCAUCAAUAUGAUUUUCAAACCAUCCGACAAAACUAUUAGGUGGACUCUGGAUCCAAUCACAGUGAACGCUCAAUACAAUCCUCAGGCAAAUGAUAUAGGUGCGCAGUCAAUGAACUAUGGCGCUUUCGGAAUGUUCAUAGGCCACGAAAUAAGCCAUGGAUUCGACAUCUCAGGUAAGUUGUACGACGGGUAUGGAAACAUGAGAAACUGGUGGAGUAACAGCAGUGAUGUCCUCUACAAGGAGAAAACCGACUGUUUGGUCAGGAAGUACAACAAUUUCUGGAUUAAGCAAAUUGGCGAAUACACUUAUCGUAACUCAAUGAAGAAGGGGGACUCAGCAAAGGAAAAGUUACUUGGACUUCAAUUCACUUCGGAUCAGUUGUUCUUCAUCAGUUUUGCCCAGCUUUGGUGCGAGAAGAUGUCAAAUGAAGGAUUUCAAUACUCGAAGAAAGAUGAACACAGUCCAAACGUUGCAAGGGCCACUGUGCCUUUGCAGAACUUUGAAAAGUUUGCGUUCGUAUUCAACUGCCCUAAGACAAGCCCAAUGAAUCCUCCAGAUAAAUGUAAAAUCUACUGA